UCUCCUGUGAGUUGCAAUCAGCUGUUCAACAACUGGCCUGAAAACAGCUUACCAGGAAGCGCUCCUUUUGGGCCAUAGCAACCGAUAAAUCUGCAAUAGCCAAAUAGGGCAAAUUACGAAACCGCCAUUGAUUUUGGGCCCCAUCAAGAUGUAAUGUGUGCCCAGGCAUAGACCAUCCCCGAGUAAUUGAUAAUCCACGGCAGUACGAGUUCUGGUAGCAGACAUCCCUAUCCCCGAUGUUGACCCUGUAUUACGUGAGCGCCACCGUCCUGCAAUCCUGGCGCAUCCAGAAGGCCUGCUCCAAGAUCGCCGAGCACCUGGCACAGCCCUCGAGCAUCGCCUUCUAUGCCCUUCAAGCGGGCAGUGACGAUGGAUUCGAUCCCGCCCUGGCCAGCUCAGAGCUGUGCGGCAACCGCCAUGCGGCCAAGGUCACGGACAUCCUGUGGCUGCACGCCAAUCAGCGGGGCUGCUGCCUCCGUCCGCUGCAGACGCUCCACAUCACGCCCUGGAUCAGCUUCCCGGCAUCGCCCAGUCUGCUGCCCUUCUGCUACGCAGCUGACACAGUGACGCCAGUGGCCACGCCCACGGAGGCGGACUCUGCGCCCAAGCAGAGGGUCUCGCUAUCGGCUCAGGGAGAACAGAGGAUGCAGCUGCUCCUGGAGGCCCACGUAGAGCCCCUGCAGCGGCCGAGCACCGAGGACACCACUGCUGUGCGGCUGGAAGAUUACGGUAAGCUAAUUGCAUGGAAAAUAGACUCCCACCUGGCGGUGCUCAUCGAGACAGAUGUGGAGCACUUCACGCAACUUUUGAUAACGACAUUCUUGCGAAAUAAUUUAUGCAUUAACGAUCAGCUGCCACUUUUACGGAUUGAGUCGGUUCAGCGGGAAGGUGAUCCGCAGCCCUUUGAGCUACUGGCCAAUCACCUGAAGCGACAGUCCCGCAUAACUGUCGGUUUGGACAAGGACGGCUGGAAAAAGCACCUGGAGGAUCUGCGAGCCGUCGGUGUGCUGGCCCACCAAGCCACCGAGUUCGAGUACCAAAGAAAUCGUUCAGAGGGAAGGACGAAACCAGAUCUCAUUGCCCAUGAGCAUCGCCAAACCCCGGAACCUGUGGCCAAGGCUGUGGCUGUUGUGGAGCCAACCACCAAGGCAUCUCUGUCUCCUGCAAGGAUGCAAGAGAGUUCCCAGAAAGCUGAGGGCAAGUCUCCGACUAAAUCCGAGGCAAAAACCACUCCUGCUAAAAGCGAAAGCAAGCCAAUCAUACCCAAAGAAGACUCCAGUUCAACGCCAAUUAAAGUCGAAUGCAAACAAAGUGAAUUGGAGAAGCUAGCUGCUGCCCAGGCAUCGCAGAUGCAGAAGAUCGAGAAAGUGCAGGUGUCGCCCAUCAAGUCAGCUCCAUCGACUAAGCCACCCGCUCUCAGUAAUAUCAAUGAGUCUGCUGCGCCAUCAGCUCAGCCAACAAAGCCCAGCAAAUCCUUUGAGGUGGCGAAGCCAUUGAAUUCGCCUCCGUCAUCGAGCACUGCUCCUGUGCGACCUGUGCUGCAGCGGAAUAAGAAUAGUCUGCAGGAGAGCAAGCCCCUGAAUGUUUUAGUGUACUCGGACAGUGCCAGUGCCCGCGAAUCCACACUGGCCACUCUUCAGCAGCUGCUGGAGCGCAAUGUGUACACCAUCUAUCCGCUGAUGCCACAGCAGGCGGCUCAGAAGUACUGGACAGAGCAGACAGCUCUGCUUGUUGUGUGCGGAUCGGUGGCGCCGGGAAUUGGACAGAUAUUGGUGGACUACUUUCUGCAGGGCGGCAAGGUGCUAAGUCUGUGUUCGGAUAUACUGCACUUUAUCCUGCCCAACUAUCGCACGGCGGAGGUUCGAGAGCACGAACUGGUUCAAUUCUCCUACGACAAGUGGCAGCGGGUCAAGAUGAUGCACCACAUCUUCUGCUAUCAGCCGUCGCCGGUGAAGAAACACUUCUCCACGGACAGCGAGGAGUCAACCAAGUCGCAUUCCCGCAAACCAGCUCUAGUAUGUCCAAGGUCCAUGGAACUGAAGGAUCUGGCCGGUCACAGCCACAAAUUGGAUGUUCAGGUGUUGGGCACAGAAGAAACCUGGAAUACGCCCAGCUUGAUGUUGGCCAAAAGCCUGCAGAGCGGUGGAAAGGCCGUCUUCUCGCAGGUUCAUUUGGAAAUGAAUCCCAGUGAGUUUGAGUCGGAUGAGAUUAAGUACUCGAUUCUGAAGCAAAACGAACGCACUCGACUCGAGAUUUUUGCGGAUCUCUUGGGAAAGUACCUGGAUGUGCAGGUCCAAAACGGCGAGGGUGUCGAUCAGCAGCAGCCUGGAGUGGUCUAUCAGCACGCCUACUUUUUGGGUCGUCAUGAGGCCAAGUUUGAGCUUCUGGAGAAGCUGCGCCUAAGAUGCAGUGGAUCCGAUAAUGUCAUAGCAACGCCCAAGCUCACAAUGAAAUUCUGUGGGAAGGACGACAAGCCGCCAGUGGCCAAUAACAAUGUGCUGCCCAUACUGAUACAUUCCUGUCCGGACGAUUUCUCCACCGUAGAAUACUUUGAUCACCUUAAAACUGAGCAUAUUGGACGACUGGUCAUCUAUGCACCGGUAGUAAGCAGUUCCAUGCAUGUCAUUAACAACCUGGAGCUCAUCAACGGCCUGGCUGUGCUGCCCGUGCAACAGACCUCUGGAGUCGGUCGCUCCAAUAAUCAGUGGCUUAGUCCCUUGGGCUGCGCCAUGUUCUCGCUGCAACUCCACCUUGCCAUGGACUCAGCUUUGGGCUCUCGGUUGCCUCUUUUGCAGCACCUAAUUGGAGUGGCCAUUGUCAAUUCUCUGCGGGGUCAUGAACAGUAUGGGGUUCUGAAUAUUUCUAUCAAGUGGCCAAAUGAUAUAUAUGCAAAUGGGAACCAGAAAAUUGGCGGCCUCGUCAUUAACACCACUCUACAAGGCUCUCAGGCCAUCAUUAAUAUUGGAAGUGGAAUUAAUUUAAACAAUUCAAAACCAACUGUUUGCAUCAAUGAUUUGAUAAGGGAGCAUAAUGCUCGCGCCCCAAACAACAAGCUACCAAUUCUUAAAUAUGAGAUGUUUAUCGCCACGAUAUUUAAUGAAAUCGAAAGACUUUUGGGCGAAGUACAAAACGGAGACUUUGAUAGUUUUUAUGCCUUAUACUAUUCGCUCUGGUUACACAGCGGUCAAACCGUCAAGAUUUGCCUGCAAAAUCAACAGGAAAAGGAAGCCGAAAUUAUGGGAAUCGAUGAUGUUGGUUUUCUACAGGUAAAAUUACCAACUGGAUCCAUAGAAACCGUGCAACCCGACGGAAAUAGCUUUGAUAUGUUAAAAGGAUUAAUUGUACCCAAGUACCACUAGUUGAAUGAACCAGAUGAACCCAAGUCAUGUUAUUCCCCAGUCCUCUUAUUUAAUAGAGCUAUUAGCAACAUGUAUUUUUUAGGCGCAUUUAGGUCAAUUUA